AUGGGUUUAAGCUCCGAUCUCAAAGAGAGGUCGUCAGCAGAUUCCCCAGCAGAUGGCGCUGGAGAUGAAGAGGUUAAUCCUAUCAUGGUUUCGGCAUUUCCCAAAAGUCUUACAAAUCUCAUUGCCUUGGCUGAGCUCGGUCUGGCCGGCCGUGUCUUUCUGGAGGAUACAUUUCUGCUUCACGUAUCUAGCGAACAGACCGAUAAUAGGAAGCGAGGGAUGAAAUACCGUCUGCUGAUCCGGAUGCUGUGCUGCGCCGCCCUGGUGUGGCUCCUGACGGCGUCCGUGCGCCUCGGCCCGCCUGGUGACGCGCCAGCGACACGAACGAGUUCCCAGCCAGUCUACACGAGAGAGAUUUAUUGUAAAGAUGGCCAAGUCCCGCAUGGAAAUGAAACCCACUGUCCAGGGUUGGUCAUGUUAUCGUCCUUGUUCGCUCAUCUCCCGGCCAUAAGGACAAAGUUUUCUUUGGAAUCGCAACACUUAAUCCGUUUGAUCGAAGGACUGAAAAAAGAUAUAAAGGUGCGAGGAGUUGCUGAAGAUCCUUGGGCAUUGGCGAGAAAGUGGGCCAGUCCAAACUCAUUGGUUCCAGAAACCGCUCCUGGCCUGGGAGACAUCCUGGCUGCCCUGUCCAAUGCCCCCAUCACAGCGGCUGACGUUGCUGUUGGAGUGUCGCAGUUCAAGAUCAUACUACAGCUUAAAGGAAACCAGAAAGUCAUGUUCAUACCCAAGCUAUAUUCUCGCAACCGCAUAAUUAAAGGAAAGAACAAAGGAGGCGACAGAUUUAAUGGAGAAAUCGCAGCCUUUCACCUGGCACGAAUGCUGGGGCUGCAGAUGGCGCCCAUUGUCGCCGGCCGCAAGAUCUCGCUCGAGAGGCAGAUCUUCCCCGUGGCGUCACAAAAGCUCGCUAAAACAUUCACCAAAAACAAGGACGGAAGGACAUGUUUCUACGGAGUGUGUCGAUACUGCAGGCCAGAAGUACGUGUGUGCGACGACAAGGACUCGGUUCAGGGCGCUGUGACCAUGUGGCUGCCGCGAUAUCUUCCUCUUUUGGAAACUGAACAUCCCUGGCGAUUUAAUAAAUGGAAUAAUCUUGUACGAUGGGAAAACGACGAAGGUUAUUGUGAGGAAGUGUUAAAAAGGAAUCAAGUGGGGAGGAUUCUGGACCUGAGUGGCGUCUCCGUGCUCGAUUACUUGAUACAGAACGUGGACAGACAUCACGCGGCCUACAUUGCGGGGGAGCCGAAUUCGUCGCUCGUCACGCUCGACAAUGGGAAAAGCUUUGCUGAUCCAGACACUGACUACAUGGAUAUUAUGGCUCCAGUGAUCCAGUGUUGCAGAAUCCGGCAGGACCUUUACGCGCGGCUGGUCCUGCUGAGCGGCGGCGGGCUGUCCCGGGCCCUGAGGGAGCUCCUGGGCCUCGACCCGCUCGCCCCCCUGCUCGCCGACGCCCACCUCCGCGCCCUGGACCGCCGCCUCGAGCACGUCCUCGCCGCCCUCAGCGCCUGCAGCGAGAGGAAGGGCGGAUGGCACAAUGUGCUUUUCUGAAAGUACGUGUUGACAUAAGACGAUUUUUGUCCAGCCGAAAGUUCAGCUAUCCUGAUUUCCUUCGACUGACAGCUUUGAAUCAGGCACAUUAAUGAUGCACUUACGUGAUUUCGUAGCCAGUCCAUGAUACGAGAUUCGGUAAUGACUUAUAUCACUUUUUUGUGGAGACUUUAUAUAUGAUAAUGAUAUCAGUAAUACACUCCCAAUCUGUAAAUACGCGAAUAUGAUAUCUUUUGGGAGUUACUAAAACAAAUGUAUUAAGAAUAAGGUGCAUCCUAUGACACGUAGCGUAUUCUAUAUAUUAGGCCCGAGAACAAGAAGGGCCAGCGUCCCAAAGUCAAUAUUGAGGAGAACGCCUUUGAAAGUUUUCUCCGUGAAUUAUAAUUCAGCAAAUCUAAUUAUUUUAAAGACAUUUUUCUACAAAACAUAUACGAAAAACAUAUGUAAUGUGUUUUAUUCUUUCUUUUUAAUGUAGUGCUUUGUAAACAAACAUUGCAAUAAGUGUAUUUUUGUUGAUGAAAUGAUA